CCCAGGCCCAGGCUGAAGCCACUGCAGCGGCCCGCAUCGGCGCCAUCAGCCUUGGCGGCGGCGCCUCGGCGCAGCCUUUGCCGGCGCUCUUGGACUUCGUCGGGAUGGAGAGCGGAUUGGCGGAGAGCGUAGCGGCGCCGUUUCCGACGGUUUGGCGCCGGGGGGCAACAGCGAAGGGAGGCAGUGGGGCGCCUUGGAUUAUGGGCCGCGCGAGGACGCGCCCGCGUUGAUAGCGGGGGCGACGGGACCGCGGCCCUAAGCAAGGCAGACAGGCCGAUAGGAAGGGCCGAGAGAGAACAAGGCCACUGCUUCGGGUCCCAGCCGGUGCGUGGCGCCUGGCUGGUGGACCAGCUGCGCUUCUCCUGGCGAACACAUCGCGCGCCGUGCCAUCUGGGAUAGAAGAAGUAAGCUGAAGCUUUUCCAACAGACACGGCCGCAAUGCUGUCGCGCCUUCCGAAGAGAUCCCGCCGUGGGGGGAGUGCUAAUGCACGUAGGCGAGGACUUCUGUCUGGUCGCGAGCGCGCAGGAGGAGCGCGGCCUGCCCGGACGCAGGGGAGAACAGUGCAGCAGGCGCCGGGGGGCUGGAGGUCUUGCAUGGCCAUCAUCUGGAUCAGACAGGAAGCGGCGCAAGGUUUCAGCUCGGCCCUUGGGUGCUCCUUAGCGGCGGGGCUUUUCAUAAUAUCAGGCGCGCGCAACGGUGCGAAUUGUAUCAGCGCGCCAGGAGGUUCGCGAAGCGGUAGAGGGGCUCGCGGCUCUCGCGGUGCCCGCCAUCGCGGCGAAGGGAAUCAACUACCGAAGCGCGGCCGCGCCGGAUGCCGCCUGGCACUCGGGUGGGUACGAGAUGCGCGACUACAGAGGUGGCGGAGUUUGUUCCGCAGGAUCUGCGUCGCGGCCCAGCAAUAA